GAGGCCGGCCUGCUGAUUCUUGUGUCGAUUAACGCGACUGGCCAGGCGAGCGAUCCUCUCCAUGACCUCGCGGUCCUCGGCGGAGGUUGACAUGUUGUCGGUGGUAUCACGUGUAGCGUAUAUUUCAAGGCUGUGGUAAUCCGCGGCCAGUACCAGCAAGAGUCGAAAGUUGUACGCAAAAGCAAAGUUGCGAUGAUGGUCGAGAAUGCGAAUUCAAGUGGGAUGAAGAGGGAAAGAAAUCGGUGCACAGGGCAAGCGGGGAAUUGUGGCCCAGCCAAAUGGCGCUAAGAGCGACCAAUGGGUUCUCGGGGUUUAGUGGCAACUGCCGUUGGCCUUGCGUCAUCAACCGAGCGCGAGACUGAUAAGAGCACGAAAUAUGAUGAUAAGCCCUGGAAGUUUCAAAGAGUAGCCGUAGUAUACUUUGCUGCGUGGGAGCUUUACUGCGAUGUGAAAAAGGCUGUUGUUGGAGAGUCGAGGAUAACAAGGCUUGGAGCAACCCGAUCCGUUGAUCUCGGAUCCGCAUUUGUCCAGGGAUUCCCAGCAGACAAAAGCCGCUAGAACCGCCCCACUUUCAUCGCUACCGCUACCACUACAGCAGCGCGUGCUUACCUCAGUGGCUGGCCAGGCAGGUCCUUGAAUUCAAGCAUCUUCUUUGUCUCGACAUUCGAGACCAUCAAUUCUUGCGACAUCUCACCGCAGGCAGCAAACACGAUUAUUCCAACUACAUCAUAAGAAGCCAUGGCUGGAUUUAUCAAGACCGAGGAGCAGAAGCCAGUCAAGGCUGAGCCCGACGCGGCCAACGGCUCGCCGUUCAUGGAGGACCUGCUUGACGAGUCGGCCGAUCUCGAGUUCUACGACAAGUUUAAAGACUCUGCCGACACGUACGAUAGGAUGUACCUGGCGCGUCUCCCCAGUUAUCUAUGGGAAGCUUGGUCGAAAUUGGAUGACGAUGACGAGAUCGAAAUUGGCAAGAUUCGACAGUUCCAGAACAAGGACGGCAAAAUGCAACUCCAGAUGCUCCUUCACUCUAACAUUCAGCCACAUCAAGAACUUCCCAAGGAGUACAAUCUCGAUGUCCACAACCCCGACGUUCACAACACCUUCGUCUUCACCGAGCAGGAUCUAGGUAGCUAUGCGGCCAAGAAUAAGGAGAGGGCAAAGGCGUUGGCUGCCGGUAUCCCGGCUCAUCUUUUGCGUCAACAACAGCAAAAGCAGUCAGGAGAGUCGUCGGACCGAGGGAGAAGAAGCGGCCCAUAUACGCGGAAGGCGAUUCCAAAGAAAACCAGAAUUGCUGGCAGAAUCAAGCACGAAGUACUUUGCACGCCCGCCGCCAACCCCGAGACCGAAAGAUUUCUGUUCUCUCGCACGAAGAAGACGCAAGAAACGAAGAAGGAAGUCAAGGUGUACGAGGCUGGUACCAACCCUCGAGGCUUGUCUGGAGACAAGGAGUGGGCUGGAUAUCUCAAAGUUACCGAGAAACCCACCAAGGCCAAGAAGAUGGAGAACAAGACCGCGCGCUGGCCCGAGAACCAGCUCCUCGAUGCCAUCGCCGAAUGCUUCGGCCGCCACAGAUUCUGGUCUAUCAAGGCUAUCCGCGCCGUCAUCCCACAGCCAGAGGUUUAUUUGCGGGAGACCCUCGAGAAGAUUGCUGUGCUUCAUCGUUCUGGGUCUUUUGCCAACCACUGGGAGUUAAAGGCAGAGUACAAGAGCAUGCUCAAGACGGCGCAGCCGGAGGACGGUGCGGCAGCUCCACCACCCGAUAACAACAUUAGCGACGAAGAGGACGAGGACAUCAAGAUGGAGGAUGUCAUUUAG